AUGUCGACCCCUUUCAUCAGAAUAGCGCCCAAUGCGGCUAAGCGGGCAGCGUCCCUCCUGAGAACUGUGCAAUACACUCAUCCUCCCUCCUGCCCUUGCCAUUCCAACCCCGGAUACCACCAGAAUCAGCAUCCCUCGUCACUUCUCAGCCACCUCAAGGACACUCGUCGUUAUGCCACGCCUGCCGGCGCUGAGCAGAAGGAAUAUGCGUUCGAGAUGGCUGCCUCAUCCAUCCGAUUUGGCCCAGGCGUCACCAAGGAAGUCGGCAUGGAUUUCAAGAACUUAGGUGCCAAGAAGGUCUGCGUUGUGACGGACAGGACGGUGGACAAGCUGGAUGCCAUGAAACAGGUGAGGGAGGGCUUGACAAGGGAGGGUAUCGAGUUCAGGGUCUUCAGCAAUGUCAAGGUUGAGCCCAAGGACCAUUCCAUCAAAGAGGCGAUCGAAUGGGUCAAGCCCUAUGGGCCCGACGCCUUCCUCGCCGUGGGUGGCGGAUCAGUCAUGGACACGGCCAAGCUGAUGAACCUCUACUACUGCUAUCCCGACGCCGACUUUCUUGACUUUGUCAAUGCACCACUGGGCAAGGGUCGCCCAAUUGACAAGCCCCUCAGGCCUCUCAUCGCCGUACCCACGACAGCCGGCACGGGCAGCGAGACCACAGGCACAGCCAUAUUCGAUCUUGUCUCCAAGCGCGCAAAGACAGGCGUCGCGCACCGCAACCUCAAACCUACGCUGGGUAUCUGCGAUCCCAUCAACACGAGGACAAUGCCUGCCGCUGUCAAGGCGAGCUCGGGACUGGACGUCUUGUGUCAUUCACUGGAGUCCUAUACUGCCAUCCCGUACUACGAGCGCACCCCACGCCCAACCAACCCCAUCAACCGCCCGGCAUAUCAAGGCGCGAACCCUAUCUCCGACGUUUUCUCCUUCCAUGCGCUCAAGAGCACCAUCAAGUAUCUCCCUCGCGCGAUCCGCGACCCAGAUGAUUUCGAGGCGCAGAGCGAGAUGCUCCUCGCUGCUACGCUGGCUGGCGUCGGCUUCGGCAACGCCGGUGUGCACCUGUGCCACGGCAUGUCGUACCCCAUCUCUGGACAGAACCCGGGCUACAGGCAUAACGGUUACGACAUUGACCAUGACCUGAUCCCUCACGGUGUCUCGGUCGCGGUGUCAGCGCCGGCCGUCUUCCGCUUCACGGCACCCUCGAACCCUGAGCGCCAUCUGGCAGCUGCCGAGGCCUUUGGCGUGGACAUCUCGAAUGUGAAGCAUGAAAGCGCAGGCGAGGUGCUGGCCGAUGCGAUUACCAAAUUUCUAGCGGACCUGGGUGACCAGCCAAGAGGUAUCAAGGACCUGGGCUUCUCCAAUGGAGAUAUUGAAGCGCUCGUGGAAGGCACACUGCCACAGCAUCGUGUCAUCAAGUUGGCGCCUGGUUUGGAAACGGAGUUGGAGGCCGAGAAGGACCAGUUGAGGCGGUUGUUUGAGGACGCAAUGUCGCAUUGA